AUGAACAACGUGUUUGUUCCUUGCGGCCAUCUAAGUUGCGAGGAGUGCGGUCUCCGCUUGACGCAUUGUCAUAUCUGCCGAAAAUCCAUUGAAAUCCGCCAACGAUGUUACUUUCCAUGGGAAGAGGAAGCAGAGGAUGAAUCUCAUUUCCAUGGCGAUCAACACUCAGAUCCUACCCCUUCCAGACCGCAACCUGGUUCCUCUGCCCCUCCUGCUCUUUCUACCGCCUCCAUUGACAAGGCCGAUGGGUCUGCUGUAAUUUCUAGUGCCUCCAAACCUCAACGAAGCGUUGCUUUCAAUAUUAAUGAGAGUCUGGAAUCUGAUGAAGAUCCAGGGGCUCGGGAAUCAUCAUCGGAGGAAGGUAUGGAGAGUUUAGAAGCCAUGCAUCCCGGGGCUUUUGAUUUCUUCCAUCGACAUAGACGUCGGUCCAAACGAGAGAGCCAGAAUUCAGAAUCUUCAUCUUUGGUUGUGUCGACUCCAAUGGAUAGGACGCCACCUGCCUGA